AGGGACGCCCUAUUCCCCUCCCCGCGGCUGCCUGUCAGAGCGCUUCUGGAGAUAUUACUGGGGACCCAGCCCGCAGCGACAAGCACAAAGUCACGGGGUAAUGAACUUCGGGGACCCUUUGCCGCUCUGUGCGCGGCUUUCCCCGGAAACUGGGAGCUGGCCGCCUGUUCCCUCGGAAGACUUCCCGGCAAUCUAGUUUCCCACUCGGCUCUCAGGUUUGGGCCGCGCGGAGCCCAUCUGCCCGAGACCGCGGUUGUGUUUUCCUUCUUUCCUUAAAAGAGCAGCGGUCUGUAGAGAUCUGGCCACACUCCGCAUGCCAAAUGUAGAAGGAGAAAUUGAAGACUGAGAGACAGGAAUGGGGAAAGAGAGGGAUUUUGUCCUUUUUGCUCCAUAGGAAGACCAUUUUCGUGUCUCCAUCUCUGUCCUUCACUAUUCCUCUCUUGCUGUCCUCUUCCCUUCUUCCUCGAUCCGCCUGUCCUCUCUCCGUUUGUCUGUCCAUGCGUGUGUCCGUACCAAGCAACAUUCCCAGCAGCUGCGGUUUUGCAAGAGCGGGGGAGAAACUUGAGGAUGCUUGAAUUCCCACCGUGGAACGAAUUCUGAGCGCCCGGGGAGCAGCGCAGCGCGCAACCGACACCCACCUGUCCGGCCCGGGAGCCUGCAGCCUGGAGGGCGGCUGGAGAGCGGCGGCGCCCGGCGGCGAGGCGGGCGCUGCCGGCCGGGACUCGGGCAGCGCCCACCAACCGCUCCGGCCCGGGACAGCCAGCAUGAGCAAGCCGGCCGGAUCAACAAGCCGUAUUUUAGAUAUCCCCUGUAAAGUGUGUGGCGACCGCAGCUCGGGGAAACACUACGGGGUCUACGCCUGCGACGGCUGCUCGGGGUUUUUCAAACGGAGUAUCCGAAGGAAUAGGACGUAUGUCUGCAAAUCUGGAAACCAGGGAGGCUGCCCGGUGGACAAGACGCACAGAAACCAGUGCAGGGCGUGUCGGCUGAAGAAGUGUUUGGAAGUGAACAUGAACAAAGAUGCCGUGCAGCACGAGCGGGGGCCCCGGACGUCCACCAUUCGCAAGCAGGUGGCCCUCUACUUCCGCGGACAUAAGGAAGAGAAUGGGGCGGCUGCGCACUUCCCCUCGGCCGCGCUCCCCGCGCCGGCGUUCUUCACCGCCGUCACGCAGCUCGAGCCCCACGGCUUGGAGCUGGCCGCUGUGUCCGCCACCCCGGAGCGGCAGACUCUCGUGAGCCUGGCUCAGCCCACGCCCAAGUACCCCCAUGAAGUGAAUGGGACCCCAAUGUAUCUGUAUGAAGUGGCCACAGAGUCCGUGUGUGAAUCAGCUGCCAGGCUUCUGUUUAUGAGCAUCAAGUGGGCUAAGAGUGUACCAGCUUUCUCCACACUAUCUUUGCAGGACCAGCUGAUGCUUUUGGAAGAUGCUUGGAGAGAACUGUUUGUUCUAGGAAUAGCACAAUGGGCCAUUCCGGUUGAUGCUAACACUCUACUGGCUGUAUCUGGCAUGAACGGUGACAACACAGAUUCCCAGAAGCUGAACAAGAUCAUAUCUGAAAUACAAGCUUUACAAGAGGUGGUGGCCCGAUUUAGACAACUCCGGUUAGAUGCUACCGAAUUUGCCUGUCUGAAAUGCAUCGUCACUUUCAAAGCUGUUCCUACACACAGUGGUUCUGAGCUGAGAAGUUUCCGGAAUGCUGCCGCCAUCGCAGCCCUUCAAGAUGAGGCCCAGCUAACUCUCAACAGCUACAUCCAUACCAGAUAUCCCACGCAACCCUGUCGCUUUGGAAAACUCCUGUUGCUUUUGCCAGCUUUACGAUCUAUUAGUCCAUCAACCAUAGAAGAAGUGUUUUUCAAAAAAACCAUUGGCAACGUGCCAAUUACAAGACUGCUUUCAGAUAUGUACAAAUCCAGUGAUAUCUAAGCUCCGAGUCCCUGCUUUUCAGGAUGGGACAGUAUCUGAUGAACUUCGACCCACAGAGAACAAGCCUCAACUAACAAACCCUUCAAGGAAGCAUAAACCUGGGAAUGUGUAGCCUUCAGAAAAACAUGCCAAUGGACACAAAACAGUUCCAGUUGCUUUGACCUGCUGCCUCCCCCAGGGUGGGGCAGCAGGGAAGGAAAGGGGGCAUCACAGGACCACCCGAACAGAGAGAACUCCCUGCUGCCACGCCCUGGGAGGGGGGCCCCUGAUUCAGGGGUUGCCGCAGGCCGUGCCAUUCUGCCUCCUACCUGGAAGAUCGGGCUGAACUCUCAAAAGCUGAACCAUCAGUAGAACUUUCUUUUCCUUUUUAGCGUAUGAAGUUGGGUAACCAAAUAGAGCUCUGUGUAUAACAUCAUACGGCAGCCUUCAGAACUACUUUACGUUGGAGGAUUUAUUUUAAAAAAUAAUGGUUAGGUUUUAAAGCAAAAGUUUUAUCAAAAGUUUUUCUUCUAUCGUAAUACAUCAUGAAGUGGCCUUCAGGACGGAGUUAGUAAACGAAAGGUAGCUUAUGCCGUGAGACUUGCUUUUUCUCUUUCUCUCCUUUCUCUUUCUUUUGUUCUUCUCCUCCUCCUCCUCCUCAAUACCAUAGGCCAGGCAACCUUGUCCAAGGAACUGGUGGACGAAAAUGAGAUUCUCACCAGGACUUCAGGUUGGAUAACAUCUCAAAAAUAGAAGAGCUUUACUGAAAGAACACAAGUUGAGGGAGGAUGAAUAAAAACAGCAAAACCAAAUAAAGUGGAGGUGAAGGAUGAGGCAGAUUGCUGUCCCGUUAACAAAGUGCUGAAACCAAAGGCGAUGGGGGUCCAAACUCGUGUUUCAGCGAGUCACACCAGAGUAAACGAACAGAGACAUGAUGUCAGAAGGAACCACAGGGAGAUGAAGGCUAAAAUGUUUCUUGAUUGAUCCAUUGCUAACAGCCUGAGACUCUUCAAUGCCUUUCAGAAAACCGGUUUCUAGUAAAGCCUUGAACGCGCGCAUGCACACACACACACACACACACACACACACACACACACCGUCCUACACUAUAAGCUGCUCCUUUGGUAUGAAUCUAUACUUAUGGAAAUGUAGAAACAACCAUUUUAAAAUAGCUGCUGUACUUUUCCCAUUUUGAUUUAUUAGGUACUAGCACUGAGGAAAAAUAUUCAGCACUUGGACUAUCAUAGGAUGAGUAAAACUUUUCUUGUACAAAGUGAAUUAACUGAUUUGUGAAGUUAAAAGGUUGUACUCAUUGUAUUUACAAAGAAUAAAAAUAUAUUGGAUUUAAA